AUGGAAUUGCAGCUAUGGCUGUUGGGAUCUGUGUCAGAAUUAGAAAAGGCUUAUGCUCGACCCGACGAUAAAUCAGAUCGUUUUCUUGUUUGUGCGAGAUAUUUAUCUAUUGUUCAGCCUUCUUAUGAACAAAUUAUGAGUAAAGAAGAAGAUCUUGAGGUAAUUAGUGUUCUUGGUGAUUUGAAUGAAGAAGAAGACGAUAAUGUUCUUAUGCACUUGUUGAAGAAUAAUUAUGUAUUCUCUGAGUUAGAUUGGAAGAGAGGUUAUCCACUUCUUCAACACCAAAAAGAUGAGGAAAUUGAAAUUGAGGAUAAGUCAAACGCAGAUGCAGAUGUGGGUGAGAUGGAGAUGCAGGGACACAAAUAG